GUCUGCCACCACGCAUCCAUCCAUCCUUGAGUUUGGUCCGGUCACUGGUGUGGCUGUGGCUGUGGCGUCACGCAAGCCUACCAAAAAGCAAGCAGAGCUUGGGGAUUUCCUCCUCUUCCUCUUCUCCCUCUGCUGAACCUUCCUUCCUUCCUUGUCGCCCUCUGCAUCCUCUCAGCAUCUGUCUUCUUCUUCUUCUUCUUCUUCUUCUUCUUCUUCUUCUUCUUCUUCUUCUUCUUCUUCUUCUUCUUCCCUGCGAGCACGGGGAUCUGAUCUGAAAAGGCUUCCGAGGCUGCUCAUACAAGUCAAGUGGAUCCAUCUUGGGACCUGUCGCGUCGUGGUGAUCGGCCGACCUCCAUGAUGAAUGUGCUCUCCAGCGGCCACCCGCAGAGCCUGCGCAUCCAUCGCCACCACCACCACCACGACGUGUCAUCAUGUCCACGCCGGAGCGGCUCAGGCCAUGUCGCAGUUAACCCUCAUCCUAGCAUGACCAGGAGGCUUUCUUCUAGCUCCUUCCGCCGAGGCGCCGUCAGGGCCGUCGCCGACGACGGCGGCGAAUCCAGCAGCGGCAAAGACGACGACGGCGACGACGACGACCAAGAGAAGAAGCGAAGAAAAGACGACGAGGAGGGGACGUCGUCGGCGUCGUCGAGGCGGAACCGGGAGGAUCUGGAGCGGCUGGUGGGGGCGCCCGACGACGACGGCUUCAGCGGCCUCGACCUGGCCACGCUCAUCCGGAAGCGCUACGGCCGGAGCUACGACGUGACGCUCAUCCGGAAGCAGUUCAUGGGGCGCAACCUGCUGGCGAUGAACGUGAUGUGGAAGUACCGGGAGCAGCGGUCCUUCCCGCUGACGGAGGAGGAGUACCUGCUCCGGCUCGACGACGUGGCCAACACGCUCCGCUCCUGGGGCGCCGUCGCCCACGUCCGCAACUCCCUCGAGACCACCAAGGACCGCCCCCGCAUCGGCAAGGCCGUCAGCAUCUUCAUCGACGUCGACUCCGCCGGCGGCGGCAACCGCUCCGACGAAUGGAUCUACAAGUAGUCAAUGCUUCACCAACGCUAGCUGCCAGCGUAUGUCGUCUCUGAGAUUCAGGUGGAGCCGUCCACGAUGCUCAUUGCUUCCACACGAUUGGAUCACAUGCUACUUUGUUUAUACUCCUACAUGAGAAGAAAUGUCUUAUCUUUAGCUAA